UUUUUUUCUUUUUCUCUUUCUUCUUUUAUUGGCCAGAAGUCUUCCUAUAACAAUCACUCUUUGCUUCAAGAAUCCGAACCCAAAUCCUAUCUUCACCCUUCCAGAAAAAGAAGGGCUAUCAUCAAUUAUGGCAAGAGAGAAGAUAAAAAUAAAAAAGAUUGAUAAUAUAACAGCUAGACAAGUGACUUUCUCAAAGAGAAGAAGAGGGCUUCUAAAGAAAGCCGAAGAACUUGCCGUACUUUGUGACGCCGACGUUGCUUUGGUCAUCUUUUCGGCAACCGGAAAACUUUUUGAGUAUGCUAGUUCAAGCAUGCACGAGUUACUCGGAAAAUAUAAACUCCAUUCGACUUAUAACAAUAGUGACGACGUUUCCGAACCUUCGCUCAAUCUACAGCUCAUGGAAGGCGAUCAAGCAAGAAUGGGCAAAGAGGUUGUGGACAAGAAUCGUGAGUUAAGCCAGUUACGUGGGGAGGACCUGCAAGGACUAACUCUAGAGGAACUUCAGCGGUUGGAGAGCUUGCUUGAAGGAGGGCUUAAUCGUGUGCUCAAAACAAAGGAUGAACGGAUUGCGAAUGAGAUUGCAACUCUUCAACAAAAGGGCUUUCAGUUGAUGGAAGAGAACAAGCUCUUGAAACAACAAAUGAUGACUAUGGGUUCAAAUGGCAAGAGACCACGGACAACUGGUACCGAGAUGGAUAACAUGGUAAUUAGUUCUGAUGACCAAGGGCAGUCGUCGGAAUCUGUCACUACGAAUGUAUACAGUUGCAAUAGUGGACCUCCUCCCGAGGACGAUUGCUCUGAUACUUCUCUUAAGCUAGCGUUACCAUUUAACUAAGAAUGACUAUCGUUAUGGAAAAAGAAGUGGUUGAUCGCGGAUUAUGAAGGUGCCUUAAAGGGAAUAAGAAGUGUUGUAUUGACUUAAGUGAGUUAAGUGUAAUGUUUGGUCUAAUGGUCUUGUGUAUGUUAUAUGAAAACAACACAAAGACUUUGUAGCUUGUGUUUUGAUGAUAAAGUCUAGGGAUUUAUCUAAACAGGAUUUUGUCUUGAGAGAAAACAUGUUUGUGAUUUUUUGCUUUAUGAACAUAAGGUUAAUUAAAUAAGUUGUAAGAUGAAAAUGUAGUUGAAAACCCAAAGGUGAGUUAUAUAUGUUAGUGCAUUUAUGUUGUUAA